GGCUCGCUCGCCAGCCAUCCUUCCUUUCUGUACACCUUGCGGCAGGCAGAGAGCGGCAGCCGCGGCAGCAGCCAGGGGGUUUGUGCACAGAGAGAGGCCGACUUAGGGACCGGCAGACGGACGGACGGACAGAGCGGACCUUCCCCGAGCUCCCGCGCCAUGGCCGAGAGGAAGCAAUCCGGGAAGGCGGCAGAGGACGAAGAAGUCCCUGCCUUUUUUAAAAACCUGGGCUCAGGCAGCCCUAAGCCCCGGCAGAAAUUCUGUGGCAUGUUCUGCCCGGUGGAAGGGUCCUCCGAGAACAAGACCAUCGAUUUCGACUCGUUGUCCGUGGGCCGGGGCUCGGGGCAGGUGGUGGCUCAGCAGCGGGACGUCGCCCACUUGGGCCCGGACCCGCAGCCGCCGUACUCCCGGCAGGGCCGGCGCGCCGGCGGGGAGCCAUCUGUUGAAUCGAGCCGGAAGGUGGAGAUCCGGCGGGCCUCGGGCAAGGAAGCCCUGCAGAACAUCUACGACCAGAGUGAUCGUCUUCUGAUCAAAGGAGGUAAAAUUGUUAAUGAUGACCAGUCAUUCUAUGCAGACAUAUACAUGGAAGAUGGGUUGAUCAAGCAAAUAGGGGAAAACCUGAUUGUGCCAGGAGGGGUGAAGACCAUCGAAGCCCAUUCUAGGAUGGUGAUCCCCGGAGGGAUUGAUGUCCAUACCCGCUUCCAGAUGCCUGACCAAGGAAUGACCUCUGCUGAUGACUUCUUUCAAGGCACCAAGGCCGCCCUGGCUGGGGGAACCACCAUGAUCAUUGACCAUGUCGUGCCCGAGCCCGGGACAAGCCUGCUGGCAGCCUUCGACCAGUGGAGGGAGUGGGCUGACAGCAAGUCCUGCUGUGACUACUCUCUGCACGUGGACAUCACGGAGUGGCAUAAGGGCAUCCAGGAGGAGAUAGAGGCCCUGGUGAAGGACCACGGGGUCAAUUCCUUCCUGGUGUACAUGGCUUUCAAAGAUCGCUUCCAGCUAACUGAUUCCCAGAUCUAUGAAGUAUUGAGCGUGAUCCGGGAUAUCGGUGCGAUCGCCCAAGUCCACGCAGAAAACGGUGACAUCAUUGCAGAGGAGCAGCAGAGGAUCCUGGAUCUGGGCAUCACGGGCCCCGAGGGACACGUGCUGAGCCGGCCUGAGGAGGUCGAGGCCGAAGCCGUGAAUCGCUCGAUUACCAUCGCCAACCAGACCAACUGCCCUCUGUACGUCACCAAGGUGAUGAGCAAGAGCGCGGCCGAAGUCAUCGCCCAGGCCCGGAAAAAGGGAACCGUGGUGUAUGGUGAGCCCAUCACCGCCAGCUUGGGGACUGAUGGCUCCCACUACUGGAGCAAGAACUGGGCCAAGGCCGCCGCUUUUGUCACCUCCCCACCCCUGAGCCCUGACCCGACCACUCCGGACUUCCUGAACUCCUUGCUGUCCUGCGGAGAUCUUCAGGUCACUGGCAGUGCCCACUGCACAUUCAACACUGCCCAGAAGGCUGUGGGAAAGGACAACUUCACCCUGAUCCCCGAAGGCACCAAUGGCACCGAGGAGCGGAUGUCCGUCAUCUGGGAUAAGGCUGUGGUCACGGGGAAGAUGGACGAGAACCAGUUUGUGGCCGUGACCAGCACCAAUGCAGCCAAAGUCUUCAACCUGUACCCCCGGAAAGGCCGCAUUGCUGUGGGAUCCGAUGCUGACCUGGUCAUCUGGGACCCCGACAGCGUUAAAACCAUCUCUGCCAAGACCCACAACAGUUCUCUUGAGUACAACAUCUUUGAAGGCAUGGAGUGCCGUGGCUCCCCACUGGUGGUCAUCAGCCAGGGGAAGAUCGUCCUGGAGGAUGGCACCCUUCAUGUCACCGAAGGCUCUGGGCGCUACAUCCCCCGGAAGCCCUUCCCUGAUUUUGUUUACAAGCGUAUCAAGGCGAGGAGCAGACUGGCAGAACUGAGAGGGGUUCCCCGCGGCCUGUACGACGGACCCGUGUGCGAGGUGUCCGUGACGCCCAAGACAGUCACCCCAGCCUCCUCGGCCAAGACGUCUCCUGCCAAGCAGCAGGCCCCUCCUGUCCGGAACCUGCACCAGUCUGGAUUCAGCUUGUCUGGUGCUCAGAUUGAUGACAACAUUCCCCGCCGCACCACCCAGCGCAUUGUGGCUCCCCCUGGUGGCCGUGCCAACAUCACCAGCCUGGGCUAGAGGUCUGGCCGCAACUUCCUUGGGGAUGGGGAUGGGACACCUGAGGACAUUCUGAGACUUCUUCCUUCCUUUUUUUUUUUUUUUUUUUUUUUUUUUAAGAGCCUGUGAUAGUUACUGUGGGGCAGCCAGUUCAUGGGGCUCCCUCUCGGGCCCUGCACUCCGUCCCUCACACGGAGUCACUGAUUUUGCUCACCCACUUCCCCGUACAUCUACAAAUAUCACACCCAAGUCUGCCCACCAACCCCAUACACGGAACCGCAUCCAACACUCAGACAUGUGACACAAAGCGAAUCACAACGAGGGCGUUUUUCAUCUCCAAGCUCUGUUGUACUUGUUCUCAUCUUCCUUUUCGUUGGGGGGGGGGGAGGGAGGGAAGAUAAAGUGAAUUGCCCAGAGCUGCCUUUUUUUCUUUUUAAAUUUUUAAAGUUUUCUUUGUGGGGCUGGGGGAGAGGGUGGGUGGGGGAGGGGGGAGAGCGUUGUUGUCUUUUUUUUUUUUUUAAAUACUAAAUUGGGGAGCCUAAUUCAAUAUUAAUACAAGGGGUUUGAACUGGACAUCCUAAUGAUGCAAUUAUGUAACCAUCGAGCUCUUCAGGGUGGUUGGCAAACUCCGCAUAUCCCCCCUGAGAGGCUCCAAAAUGUCGACACUGCAUUCCAUAGUCUUCUGGGUCAACUGUUGAUAAAGGCAGGUUUUCUUUUUGGCCUAGCUUUUGCUGCAGAUUACAUUUUUUUGAGGAUUCUCUUCUUCCUUAGCGUCUUUUCUGCUCUCUUUCCCUCUCUGUCUCUCUCUCUCGUGCUCCCCCUCUGUAGCUUUUUUGCUCAUGACUAUUUUUACGUCUCUUUCUUUGUGUUUCCUCCAGCCCUUGUCUCUGAGACCAUGUUUUUCUCUCCAUCCCCCGUCGUCUUUUCAAAUGACCAGAUCUACUGUUUUGCGGUGGUCAUCAGAACCUGCCUAGAAGGGUUUUGUCAUUGCAACCAUAGUAAUGUGCUGUCCUAGUCCAUAAACGACUGGUGCUACCCACCCGCCACCACCAGGAUAUGCGUUUGAGUUCGGGAUGCUUCUAGGUGCAGCGAAGGGCUGAGCUACCCCACAUUCUCCCCUGGGGGCUCAGAAUAGAACCUCAAACAGUAAUGAGAGGUUGAAGAAACCUGAGGCUUUAGGACGUAAGUUUUUCCUCCAUGCGAUGCUAACUAGCUAAAGAAAGAAAGACACGGCCAAAUCUGUAAAUCGAGCCCCAUGACCCAAGUGAGCAGAUCACCCCCAGGCCAGCCACCGGCUCAGACGUGUUGAGCUGCUGGGGGUCUGACCCUGGGACCUGCUGGUUCCCAGCGAAGUAUCUUUUGGGAUUCCAGAGAACACUGGGGC